AUGAGGUCAGGGCUACAACAAAAGGAGCUAUUGAUGAACGUUACCCACCUUCAAAUUGAGAUUCGUGUCUGUACUGGACCAUCGACCUCACUACAGGCAACCUCAACCCUCAAUGGAUCAACUCCAACGGCUUGUAUGAUGGGUUCCUCAGCUGACAUCGCAUCAGCAACGACCCUCCGUGACGUUGAACUCAAUUCGUUUGCAAUCGCCAACACCGCUCUCAUGAUUUUGAGGAGGAAUGGCGAGGACGAACGAGCAGAAUUUUGGGCAAGUCCAUUGUGA